CUCAUUGUAAAAUCAAUGAAAUCAUAUUAUAAAUGUGACUCAAUUGAAACAUGUAAAUUCGUUCAAAACUAGUCAGUGCUAGUCGGUACGUCUGCCAGUCUUAUAGCUUCGCUCUCAUCAAUAGUCUAGUCAGUUUGGCAUUGACCGGUGACUUGAGCGUACGUACUGUCGCACUCUGGGCGACCGCGAACGGUCAACAUAUUUACGAUUCAUUUCGCAAUUAUUAUAAUGUUUUCAUGACAAUGUGGCUAAAAUUAUUACUUUGGACUUUUGUGUGCGGUGUUUGGACUAGGAACAUUGAGAAUCGUGAAACAUCGACCGAUGUCGAUCAAAGUUAUGGACAGAGAGACAACGAGACUUAUCGGGAUGGACACAGAUAUUAUAGACGACGUAAUGAAACAGAUAUGAACACGGAUCACUCGAACGAGAACAAUGAUAGCACAAUCUAUAAAGGUCCGCAAAACAGAAGACUGUGGAACAGGGGUGACGUAAACAUUAAACCGGUCACAGAAAGCAUCACAGACGGCUAUAAUAACAACACGUAUAAACAAAAACACACUACGCCCAGCUUCUACGAGGAAAUUACUCCGUUCACAAACAGGCCAAUUAAACUUAAUACAGAUAUCGAUACAGAGAAAGUUAUUGAUAAAAAAAUAGAGGAUUUCGGUCCAAAGGUGGCUUACAGUGAAUCGCAAGGCGAUCGCGAUCAUCUCAAAGAAAGCGUGACACACAUGCGUGACCAUGACCCGGUUGGACAGAUAGACCACGGAAAGAAUGCUGUAAAUCAAUUUGUUAACACAUCCCCAAGGUCCGGCAAUGACUUUAAAUCAGUGAAGGACAAUGAGGUGUCUUCAAGGCCGUUGAAUGGUUCGGAAGAUGGUUCAGGGCAAGACAAAUGGAUCUGGGGUGAGAGUAGUACCAAACCCACAUCAAUCGUGACCCCGGCAGUGGACGACAGAGCCGCGUUCUCAGGUGAUAAAUGCCCCACAGGACAAGUUAGGUUUAAUGAGAGGUGCGUGGAUGUCGACUGAUCAGAAGCAUUCAUUCGCCAAACAUCACAAUCACUAUUUGAACAUUAUGAUGACUGUCGCAACGCAGAUUGAGAAAUCGCUCAUUUAAUAUACAAGUGGCAUAAUAAUUGUAGCUUUUAUCACAGAACUACAAGUAAUUAAUAGUAUUAUAACAUAAAUACUUGAUUUAUAAUUAUGUUUUUGCGUUCGGUUUGCAUUUGAUCUACGACAGACCGGCGAUGUCGCGCAGGUAAAUAUUAACAAAGUUGUACACCUCAAUUGCAUUCACGAUUCUGUGUCUAUACGUUUUAUGUAUUAACUAGUUUCUGAGUUGUAAUAACAACCGAAAGACAGUUUAAAUCUAUACUAAUAUAUAAAUCUACAGUGGUUUUUACGGAUGGUCCGUUAUAACUACUGAACCAUACAUCCGAUUGACUUGAAACUUGGUAUCCAUGUAGAAAAUGCAUGUACUUAAUGGAUAGGCUAAUAUUUAUAUCAGUGUUGGACUCCUUAAUAAUAAUGACAAUAAAUAAUAAUGUUAAUUAUAAUUACUCAGCAAAGCGGGCGAGUACGGCUAGUAUUAAAUAAAAUCAGUAAAUUGUUAAUCGAAUAUUAAUUGUAAAUUGUAUUUGCGUUAGAGAAUUUAUUUAAGAAAGCUUUGUGUUGAUUAAGCCGCCAAAUCUAAAUUUCCACAACACAUUUCGAGCUGGGUCCACGUUGUUGUCCAUGGGCUCCGAUCAGCAGUCAUGACGAGGUCCUCCGUGAGAUCGUUUACUAAUCCUCAUCUGAGAACUUAUCGUAAUAGGAUUAAAUUAGUUAUAUGUACGAGUAUAUUAGGUAUAUGUUAUAAUGAAGCUACACUUACCCUUAGUAACGAAGUAACUUGUUAAUGUUACCUAAAAUGGACCUGGGAGGGUCCGUUGAGAGCUGUGUUAAGCUCUAGAGUAACUAUGUGUUUAAUUGACCGGGUUUUCUUACGUAUCGAAAAGAGCUGUAGUUGCAGGAUACUGUGCGGAUCGGACUGUGUCUAGGUGAAGGUCAGAUGUGAAACUUUUUAUCUUCCUCUAUUUACUCUAAGGUAAUGUGGAAUGAUUUUUUCCUCCCUACCUUCUCGCUAAUGGCCUAUGGGGCUAUUCCCGCUACGUGUGGUCGGGUAGGUGAGCUCACGGGCUUAAUCUGAGAAAAUUUGCUAACACUAACCCUAUCAAAGCCAACACUUCGCAGAAUCUUCUAGUGGAUCAAAAUCGCGACCCACUGAGAAGAUCCGACGAGCAAAUCAGUGCGCUGUAUCAAUGGGGGUAAUGAUUAGCCUACUAAGCCAAAGAUGGAAAUCUUCUUGUUGAAUGGGUCUUUAUACUUAUUAAAUACUUUUUUUGUGUUGUUUGUUAAUAAAAAAUCAAUUUAAAUAAUGAAA